GACCAUGUUUCGUGAGAACAAGAAAAACAUGAUGGAUGGCAGUUUGAACUGCAGUGGCCUUGUAGUAUCCAGCAAUGAAACAAUCCAUUCUUACCUUCGCUCGGUCUCGGAAGAUCCAAGUCUCUCUGACGACCUUCGACAAACUGCUUCCAACCUCUUGUCCGAGUCCUCCAUUCCAUACAAAUCCCUCAGACUUCUCUGGUUUGCAUCCCCCUCUGCCACCAGGCCGAAGCUUCUCCAUCUCUUCUCUGGUUCUGAUUUUGUCUUUUCCAGCCCUAAACCUAGGGAGAAGAGCGAGGAGUUAAAAGCUAGACUGAAGAAGCUUGAAGAUUUGGCAGAACGAAAUGCAUAUAAAGAACUUGUCAAAGAUAUAACACCAAAGAAGGAUACCGAUGAACCUUUCUCAUCUUACAAAGAUCAGUUAGGGUUUGGUCUACAUGUCGCACUGACAAUGUUUACUGGGUAUUUGGUUGGAUAUGCUGCAUUCAGAGCUAUGUUUAAUCACAGCCCCGUGAUGAACGCUGCUGGAGGUGUCCUUGGAUUGGUCUUUGGUAUGCUCAUGGAAACACUUCUUUUCAUUAUUAGAACCUCCAGUCCUGAUAUUCAAUCAGCAUCUUCCACUUCAAAGUUGAAGAAGAAUCAAUAACAUUUCAGCUUAAGGAGUUGAUUAAAACUAUUGCACCUCUCUGUCCAUCCUUUGAACACUAAAGGGACCAGUCAAGUACAUCGAGGUGCAAGUGGCGAUUUAAACUUUUGGUAAUGCUGCAGCAUUUAGCCAAAAAUAUUGAGAAUGAUGCAGUAAAUGGAUCAUUUUGUUUGUUGAUGGGGAGAAAAGGCAAGACUCGGCCAAGCUUACGUAUGAAGACUUUGUGGUUUAAGCUCCUCGUAAAGGAGAUAAUCUGUUAAAACAUGGCUCUUGUUAAACGCCAAUUAUGAAUAAUCUUAUCUAAAACCUCAUAAUGUGGGCUUCUGUACCAUAAUGAAUGAUAACGGGGGUCCAUUUGUUUUUAUUUAUGGUCUGAGAUGCUCAAUAUGCACACUGAAAAAACUUUCAUAAUUUUAUUUGGGAUAUCUACAAGUGAUUCUGAGUUGCACAGGAGUACAUUGCGUGCAACAGCA